AUGGCUGGUCGUAUGUACGUGCCGGUGGUUCUUUUCUACAACCCUGCGGGUGGCGCAUGUGCUGUUGAAAAAUCCAAUCUGCUCAAGAAGUCUCUCUCGGAAACACUAGCCUUGUACUACCCAUUUGCUGGAAGGAUCGUAGAUGCAGAAUAUAUUGACUGUACUGAUGAGGGAGUGACAUAUUUGGAAGCGAAAAUCCAUGCCAAGUUGUCAGAAGUUCUCCGAAAUCCUGACAAUGAAACAUUAGACCUUUUAUUUGCAGACAAUUUGCAAUGGGAGGACACAAAUCUGAGCACUUUACUUGCCGUUCAGGUUAGCUACUUUGAGUGUGGAGGAAUGGCAAUAAGCAUGUGCAUGUCACACAAACUUGGCGAUGCGGCCACCCUGAUCACCUUCAUCAAAGACUGGUCUGCCAUGGCUUCAAACUCAGGUGAACAUGUGAUCCCUCUAUUCGAUUUAACCUCAAUGUUCCCACAGGACGACCUACCGAUUGGUAAGGAACAUGUUAAUGAUAAAGGGAAGCUUGCCACAAGAAGGUUUGUAUUUGAUGCCCUAAAAAUUGCCGCCCUCAAGGCCAUUGUUGCUCAGAAAGUGCAAAACCCUACAAGGGUAGAGGUUGUGACUGCACUACUAUUUAAGUGUGCAAGCUCAACCUCUGGUGGACGAGCAGUCCUUUGCCAAAAUAUCAACUUGCGUUCGAGGCUCGUCCCUCCGUUGCCGGAAAAUUUUGUAGGAAAUUUGGCUUGGUUCUUUCCAGUACCAAAACUAGAGGAGGAUGGUGAGAUAGAGUUGCCUGGCUUCGUGGGACAAAUGAAAGAGGCUUUGGCUGAAUUCUGCAAUACAUAUGCGAGCAAGUUUAGAGGCAAAGAAUGGCGCUUGAGCAUUAAGCAACACAUGGAGAAGGCUAAGGAAUUGUUUGGGAGCAACACAGCUAAAUAUACAUGUAGCAGCUGGUGUAGGCUUCGAAUAUACGAAGUGGACUUUGGGUGGGGAAAGCCGGUGUGGGCGAGGAUCGGCAGCCGUGCGGGGAAGAAUGUCAGUAUUCUAAUGGAUACAAGAAGUGGGGAUGGGAUUGAGGCCUUUGUGACGUUGGAAGAGCAAGACAUGGCAAAGUUUGAGCGUAAUGAGGAGUUACUAGCAUUUGCUACUUUUAACCCAAAUCCCAUUGAGGAACUCUCGUGA